CUUCUGCUCGUAUACACUCUCCAGAGCAGGUGAGCAAAGCUUAUUUACUGUAACUUCUACCUCUGUCUGUGUUUGUUACUCCACAGAAGAUGACCAUCAAAACCUUUCAACUUGAAUACGAUGCCAUCAACAGCAGGAAUACUUUUACAAAUGGAGAUACCAUUAAUGGAAGGAUUGUCCUGGAAACAGACAAAGAGAUGAAAAUCCAAUCACUUGAGUUUUUAGCCAAAGGAAAGGCUAGUGUUUGCUGGACUGAAUAUUACGGGGACAACCAAUCUCAUGUUUACUGGUCUGAUGAGAAAUAUUACAGUAUCCAACAGCACAUUCUGAAAGAGUCCAGGCAAGACGGAAGUGAAAUUAUUGGAAAAGGAAAACACUUAUUUCCUUUCAGCUUCAAGAUACCUGAAGAAAGAAUGCCAUCGUCUUUCUACUCAACUAUCGGUAGAGUCGUUCACAAGCUGAAAGCAGAGCUUAAACAGUCAAUGAAGUUGAAGAAAAAAACUAAAGUUCAUUUUAAAUUUGUGUCAAGAGCAGACAUGGACGUGCCAAGACUCAUGGUUCCUCAGCAUGGGUGUAAAGAUAAACACCUUGCUUUUGGUUCAGGGACUGUUUCAUUUGAUGUCCGUAUUGACAAGACUGGAUACAAACCUGGUGAGGCCAUCACCGUCACUACUGAGAUCAACAACCAGUCGAGUCGUUUGGUGAAACCCAAAUUUAUCCUGUAUGAGAAGAAGAGCUUCUUCGCCCAAGGACGGAGGAAACUUGAAACGCGUCAGGUUCUCAAGGCAAAAGCUGAUGGUGUUGAUCCAAACUCUGGCAAAAGAACAGUUGCAAAGGUCAUCCCCAUCCCAACAGAACUGUCUCCAUCUAUAAUGAACUGUUCCAUCAUCAAACUGGAGUACAGACUGCAGGUAUACCUGGAUAUCAAAUUUUCUUCUAACCCAGGGAUCAAAGCCCCCAUCAUCAUCCUUCCUGAAGUGUUGGAUAUGAGACACUUACCUCCUUCUUAUUCAGACUUUGGAUUUGAAGCAUUUGGGAAUCCAACUCCACCAACACGGGGCACCACACCACAAGCUAUGGAACCUCCACCUUCUUAUGAAACAUCUGCAAUGUACCCCGCCUUCCCCUCUGUUGAUUAUAAGACUGCAAUGUGAGUGAAGGGGACUGUCAUGGCCGAAUUACACUCCUGGUGUAAAUAAUCCUUUCUGGGAUCAUAUUCCUCUGCAUGCAUGGUCAAUAAAACUUAGUUAUUUAUUACAAAUACAAAAAUCCUUAAAUGUGGCCAAUAAAUGCAUAUUUCUAUUGCGGGCCUAUACAUUUAUGGUUGUUUUGGAUGGAGAAGUGAGUUAUCCAUGUUUAAAAAAAACUUUAAAAAAUUACUUUUACUUUAUUUUAUCCUUUUCUUUUACGGUAUUUCUCCUUUACAAAUGUAUGGAGGUGAUACAAGUGUGCAACCUGAUAUAUAAUUUUUUUUUAAUAAACAUUGACUCCAGA